UAUGACCCUAAUCAGGCUGCUGUCCGACCUUUGGCACGACACGAUCCUCACCAUCGCCAGAGCCGUGUCCGUCGAUACGGCCGUCGAUAAGCGCUUGCCCGACGACGGGCUCGAGAUCCGACUUCUUCUCCGUCCCCCAGGCCUGGGGCUCGCAGCCUUCCGCUCCUUUGAAAUAUCGCUCUCUCAUGCAUCUCUACCCAUAACGAAAUACCAAGAUGGACUCGGAAGACGGGGAAUUCUUCAUCAAGCAACUCGCCCACUUCGUGCGCACCCACGAAAAGGCGCUUGCCAAUGCGCUUCAGUUCCGGAGGCAAAACGCACCUCGCCACGGGGCUUCACAGAGUGUGUCGUCAAUCCCCACGGGAGCCGUGCCGCCGUCGCCGUCCGUCCCAGAAAGACCCUCGACAUCCGCCUCGACGUCGAGCACGCUCGCUGCCGCCCUCUCGCUCGGCGCCCUAAGCUUCACAUCCCACAGCGUCAAGUCGGCAAAGCUGGCUCUCACCCCACAUCAUUUGUUCUACCUGCUCUCCCGCUUCGAGGAGCUUGGCAUCCCUGUCGGGCCGAUGAAAGUCCGCCUCGAGAACCUUCACGAUAGCACGGCCUCGGCAAACUACGUCUCGUUUCUCAGUCAGACGCAGCGCUCCAAAAGCCGCGGUUCCGAUGUCGGCUCGAUUCGCUCCGUCUCAAGCAUCAGGAGCGUCAUGUCUGGCAUGUCUGCCCUCUGGGCGACCUUCGGGUUUGGCUCAAGCAUUUCCGCCGCCCGAACAGAGAGGCAAAAGGCUGCGAUCCAGGCUGACUUGAAGUAUUUGUAUUCUGCCUUCACCAAGAUCCCCUGCUUGAGGUUAGCCCCGGACUGGCGGGCCCGCCUCAUCAAGGGCUACGAGGAGUUUCCCUUUGACUCGGCGGUUCCGCUCUAUGUGUUCAAGAACGUGCAGGCCCUGGAGGUCAGCGAUAUCGACUUCAGGCAGUUCUUCGGGUGGGACAGGCUUGCCGAGCAGCUCCGAUCCCUUACGCUCAAGCGUGCUAGCGUGGACGACCCAGCCGACAUCUUGAUCGAUAUCGUACUGGACGACAUGGACAAGCGGCGUCGCCGUACAUCCAAGAGCCAAGUAUCGCCCACCAGGCCGUGGCCGGCGACGACCAGCCCUCGAAGAAGCCCGACAAUAUCCAACAGCGACCUUCAAAAGUCCACCCCAAUCCCGGGUUCCCCUGGGCCGCGGAAGUCGACGGCGGACUUGCAGGUCGGGUCGCCGAACUGCGAAGUGGGAGCUGACCAGGAUGGCUCGAGCUUCCCGGACAGCAGGAGACCGUCUAUCGCUAGGAUUGACGGCGAUGAACCGCAUUCACCUUCAAAGGACGAUACCCGGACGCGGAGUCAUUCUCCACGGCGACCUGGGAGCUCUAGGAACCCGUCAACCAAUGUUCGUGGGUCUCACAAGGUCCGGCGGUCCGGGUCCGGCAGUUCCCACUCAAGUCUCUCGGAUUCGUGGCACAACUCCCGCGGGAGCUCUUCCAACCUCUUGGCCAUGGGCAUUCUCCCGGCUUCCAAGUGGCGCUUCCUCAAGCACCUGAGUCUGGCGGACAACUCGCUGACCGUCAUCCCCGCCGCGAGUCUGGCGCCUCUCGCCAACACGCUCCAUUCCCUCGAUCUUUCUUCGAACCUGUUCACGCAGAUUCCCGACAGCCUCGCAUCACUCACUGCCCUGCGUGCUCUGAACCUGGCCCAUUGCAUGAUUGACUCACUGCACUCGCUCACGCGCAACCCACUGCCGGCAAUCACCGCCCUGAACCUGCGAGCCAAUCGCCUGCAAUCCAUUGCGGGCAUUGAGAAGCUCCUGCCGCUCGAGAGGCUGGAUUUGAGAGACAAUCGUCUGACUGACCCGAUGGAGUUGGCCCGGUUAACCGGAAUCCCCGAGAUCCGCGAGGUGUACGUGGAAGGGAACCCCUUUACCCGCACCCACCGCGACUACCGCAUCACCAUCUUCAACCUGUUUCGCCAGACUCCCGGGUAUACGGAGGAUAUCACCAUUGAUGCUGCCGGGCCAACGUACUCGGAAAAGCGCUACCUGGUGGAGCGAGUUGAGGUGCCGCCUGCCGUUCCAGUGGUUAAGCCUGAACCCCCGGAGAUACCCGCUGUCGAUGUCAGCAAACCGGCCAUCAUUUACGACGCUCCGCCCAGGGAACCUGCCGUUCUCCGGAAGGAAAGGCCUUCGUCCAAGACUUCCUCCAGCGAAGUCAACACGAGCUCGACGCGGCGCCGCAAGAUGCCUAAGCGCCGCAUCGUGGAUCUAGCCACAAACGACAAAGCUGCGCCGUACACGCGGCCUGUUGGUCGUCAUGCGGCCAGCGCCAUCACUACCGCCGACUCAGAGAGCCACUACCGCACUUCGCAGGCACCUGAGGCAGCUGAGGUGUCGCAGACUGGUUUGGCGGAGAGCGCACUUCCAAACAACCCACAGGAAGCCAGCCGAAAUGUCCCGAGGAUCGACACCAGCGUUGCUUCACGGAUGCCCUCCUUAUUCGGGUCACCAGGAAGUAACGUUGACUGGGACGUCGGUGGCGAACUCUACCGCCAGAAAAUCGAGGACCUCCGCAACAAGGUCGGAAACAGCUAUCUGAGCGUUCUCAGCGAGGAGGGCUGGGACCCCGCGUCUCAUCCUCCAGAUUAUCGCCAAACGGGCGAGUUCAGCGCUCCUUCUCCGUCGAUCCAUUCAGAUGCAACGAUACCCCGAGCAGCGAACGUGCAGGCGAUUUCCAGCGGUGGCACUCUCGCCUAGUCGUCGGCGUCGUCCUCGUUUUCUCUCUUCAUAUGCCCCGUCAUCUUUGUGAUACCCAAACCGCUCUCCUCUUCUCUCCUCGGAUCAAAAGGUGCCCCCCUCUCUCUCUUUCACCCGG